AUGGCAGGACAGGGAUUUAGAAAGUUUCUUCCCUUCUUUGGCCAAGUAUUAGUUGAAAGAAGUGCAGCCAAACCUGUAUCCAAAGGAAGCAUUAUGCUUCCAGAAAAUACUCAAGGAAAAGUAUUGCAAGCAACAGUAGUUGCUGUUGGAUCGGGCUCUAAAGGAAAGGUUGGAGAGAUUCAACUAGUUAGCAUGAAAGUUGGAGAUGAAGUUCUUUUCCCAGAAUAUGGAGGCACCAAAGCAGUUCUAGAUGACAAGGAUUACUUCUUAUUUAGAGAUGGUGACAUUCUUGGAAAAUACAUAGACUGAAAUAAGUCACUAUUGAAAUGG